AUGCCUCGUCUCGCUUUUCUCUCUUCUGUUCUCUUGGCUGCAACUCUGCUGGCAUCCUUCUGGUCUAAUGCUGCUGCUGCUGAUAUAAGCGCUCUCCAAGGCAGCCUCGAGAAGAGGUACAGCACUGCGCAUUCUCUGGGUGACACCUACCAGUUCGACCCUCGGGACGGCUGGCAAGCAGUCAAUGUGACCAACUUGCAGUACAAGUAUUCCAGAUCAGUUGACGACAUCAAUGCGAACGAAGAGGCUCUACCAAAGACGACCUUCCAUAAGCAUGGUAAAAGGUCAAGCAAGAAGAGAUCCACAAAAUCUACCACCAAGACAGCGUCCAAGGCGAAAACAACAUCUUCUGCAAGUAACAAGUCUGUGUCGAAGGCUGCGAAUGGAGUUCUAGGAUCGCUUCAGUCCAUUAUCAACACCAUAAAGGCAAUUGGGAGCCCUGAGCCGGUGACAAUAACUUGGUACACCGGCCAUGAUCUGCUGAACCCUAGCUGCUGGUCAAACCCUUCAUGGGCUCCAACGGAUGAGUCCUUCGCUUGCGCGUUGACUUUGGACGGCUGGACGACACGCCCCAAAUGCUUCAAGUUUUUGGAAUUGUGCACUACUUCAAAGAAAUGUGUUUUUGUGCGCGUGGUGGACUCCUGCGCUGGCUGUGCCCCUGGUUCCAAACAUGUUGACCUCACCAAAGCUGCCUUCACUCAACUUGCCGAUCUUAGUGAAGGUGUUCUAACCGUCCAGAUGCGGGAAGCGACAGAUCCAGAUGGAUGGCUGGAGAACCUCUGGGGUCCCAAAGAGCCCUGA